AACAACCUCUCUCAAAGCUCAGGCCAAUUACCCGAGGUACUUUAAGUGACACAUGUACGCCUUGGUACAACAACACCAACUUAGCUCCGACACUUACGAUAGUCGCAUUCGCAUCUCAUCCACCACCACCCACCCACCUUUGUCCCACCGACGGCUUCUCUUGCCUCCCCCUUAACCCCCCCUCCGGCCUAUAUAUUACGUGCUUUCCAUUCAUCGAACCGCGGCGCGAGCGCGUGAGCAUCAUCAGCCAUGACACCCACCAACGCCGACGCCUUGCCAGACAGCUACGCCUCGCAGCGCUACUCCACGAUCCGCCUCUCCCACCACCCGGACUCCUCCCCCUCCGUCACGCCCGUCGUUGUCGUCUCCCUCCACCGGCCCGCCGCCCUCAACGGCUUCACCGACGAAAUGGCCGACGAGCUCGCCGCCGCGUUCGCCGCCCUCUCGGCCGACCCGCGCGUCCGCGCCGUCGUCCUCGCCUCGUCCGACCCCCGGAACAAGACCUUUUGCGUCGGCAUGGACUUCAAUGAGCGGUACCCCAUGCCCGACCGCGCCGAGGACCACCGCGACUCGGGCGGCCGCCUCGCCCUCGCCAUAUACAAUUGCGUCAAGCCCGUCGUCGUCGCCAUCAACGGCUCCGCCGUCGGCAUCGGCAUGACCAUGACCCUCCCCGCCGACGUCCGCGUCGCCAGCCGCGACGCAAAGGUCGGCUUCGUCUUCGCCCGCAGGGGCUUCAUCAUGGAGGCCUGCAGCAGCUUCUUCCUGCCGCGCCUCAUCGGCACCAGUCGCGCCCUGCACCUCCUCUCCACGGGCGCCGUGUACCCCGCUUCGCAUAAGCUCUUUGGCGAGCUCUUCAGCGAGGUCGUCGCCCCCGACGAGGUACUCCCCACGGCGCUAGCCAUUGCCGACGACAUCGCCGCCAACGUGAGCACCAAAGCGGCGCGCAUCAUGAAAGACUUAAUUUACCGCGGUGCCGACUCGCCCGAGGGCGCUCACCUCCUUGAAAGCAGGGUAUUUCACGGCAUGGCUCUAGGCGAGGACGCCAAGGAGGGCAAGGAGAGCUUUCUUCAGAAGAGAAAACCAGACUUCAAGGCCACUAUGGCAGAUGCCCCUUCGACGUAUCCGUGGUGGUCACCGGUCGAUGUCCGAGUAAAGCCAAAGAUUUAGAACGUACGCACCUGCUGGGCAGUAUGGCGCGUAAUUUCUAUUUGAUAUAGCUGGAUGCUUCAUAGAGAAUACGACGGCAGCGGGCUUCUCGCUCUCAUGGCACCCGACAAUGGCAUAGAUAGGAUCAACGUCAUGCAUUCAUGAAGCUGGUAUAGCUUGCUUCUGACUCCGGACAUGCAGCCCUGCCGGGUACGCGCCCUAGCUACAAACGCUAGUACGUCUACAUGCCCAGUGCGUCGGUUGACAAA